AAAUCUCUUGAAUGUGAUAAAUUGCAACUUUAAAAGUGGGAAGUCAGAAAUUUUCCGAUAGCAUGUGACGGGCAGCAUUAACUGCUGACAGACAGAUUCAGUGUUUAUCACAUUUUCUGUGAUUACAACGCAUGAGAAAGCAAGAAAGAUGGAACAAGAAAUAAGAGCCGUUGUUCUUGGGUGGCAGAAAUCUGACAAAGCCUUAGUGAUAAACAGCAUUUUAGGUGAUGAAGUUGAGUCUGACAAAUACUUUGUAAAAUCUGUGAGGAAAGACGGUGAAGUGAAUGGAAGAAAGAUCACUCUGAUCAACACACCAUGUUGGUGGGAGAAUUAUGAUUUGAAAGACUUGCCAGAGGUUGUUAAACAGGAACUGUUUUGCAGUGUCUUUCUGUGUCCACCAGGACCUCACGUCUUUUUAUUGGUCAUUAAUCAUUGUUUGCCUUUUACUGAAGAAAACAGACUCACUAUUGAGAAGCACCUUAGUCUCUUUGGUGAGAAUAUCUGGAGACACACCAUAGUGUUGCUUACACAAACAGAUUCAGUAAAGAACAAAGAUCUUCAGCUGAUCAUACAGAAAUGUGGAGAAAGAUAUCAUGUAUUUGAUUCUGAAAAUAAAAGUGUUGGAGUUAAAGAUCUACUUGACAAGAUUGAUGAUGUUGUGGCGGCAAACAAUGGUAAGCAUUUUGAAACACAUGAUGACAAGCUGCUUGACAUUCAGAGGAAGAGAGAUGAAAAUGAAAGAAGAGCAAAGGCCAGACAAGAAACAGUUCAAGGCAAAAGAAACCUACUUAAAGAAAGAAACGCUGUGGCUCCGCUCUCAGAAAUAAGAAUUGCUCUGCUGGGUUGGAUUCUGUCUGGGAAGAGUUCAGCCGGAAACACCAUCUUCAAUCAUGAAAUAUUUCCGAUUAGAAGAACACAAAAGUGUACAAGCCAUACUGGUGUAGUGAAUGGCAGAUCAAUAACCGUGUUGGACACUCCAGGCUGGUGGAAAUAUUUCUCAUCUAAAUUCAUCCCAGAAUUUGCACAGGCUGCAAUCCUGGAGAGUGUAGGAAAAUCACAACAUGUGCAGUUCCCUCACGCCAUGAUCUUGGUGGUUCCUAUUGAUACUUCAUUCAAGAAUGAACAGAAACAAAUCAUUAAAGAGUAUAUGGUCACUUCUGGAGAAGAUGUGUGGAAACACACCAUAGUUCUGUUCACAUGGGGUGACAGAUUCCCAGACAUUUCAAUCGAGCAGCACAUUGAGAGUGAAGGUGACGCCCUCCAGUGGCUGAUUGAGAAAUGUAAGAACAGAUAUCACGUCUUUGACAACACAAACAAGAAUAACCAAGAUCAAGUCACAGAGCUGCUCCAGAAAAUUGAUGAGAUGGUGGCAGAAAACAGUCUGUACCACCUCAACACUCAUUGUGCUGCAGAAGAAAACAUUCAUGAGACUGACACACAACAAGAUGAGGAAAUAAGUCUGGAUGCUGGCUGUGUGAUGGAAUUACUACAGCAGGAGAUUAUCAAAAGGUUUAAUGAGAUCAAAAGACGACUAAAAUACUUAGGGUUGGAUUUCACUGGAAGUACAGAGACCAGAAGUCGUGGUAGCAUGUCAGAGCCUCCAAGCUUGUCAGCUGAUGAGAAACUCAAAGAGAAGAUGAGGAGAGAAGGAAGCAGAUGGGAAGUAACUUUAAUGGACGCGCUCUUGAACAAUCAGAAUCCUGAAGCAUCAUCUGCUUCACAUGAGAAAUUGUGGCUUCAAAGAUGUGAUGAAUACAGCUUAAUUAUGGUACAAGCUCCAACAUCAGCAGUCUAGAAGAUCCAGGGCCCAGAAACUGGACAUAAGAAACAAUUUCCAGAAUAAAGCACUCUUUUUAAAUGUUUUACAUGUGUACACUUUAUAGCAAAUACAAACUCUGCUUUGAAUGUGUUUAAUAAUUGUGUGAAAAAUAUAUGUUAAUAUUUCUAAUUAAUAAUUGGUAUUCUUGUAUGAUAUCUAAAAACUAUCACUUUAUAUUAUUAUUUCAUGAAAAUAUAAAAUAACUUAAAUGACUGAAGUCAUGUUUAGUUUCUGUUUACUUUAUUGUCUGUUCUUGUUGAGUCUUAGUUCCUCUUUUCUUGGUUCCCAUUAGUUUAUUUCUGUGGUCACUCAUUAUCACCACCCAUGUAUUGUUUAGUUGCUUGCUGUGUAUAUAUGCCCUCAGUUUUUUGUGUGGAAUUGUAUUUGGUUGUAGCAGAGCUGUUAGCAUUUCCAGCUUUUGUUUUGUUUGCUUAAUAAAGGUGAUCUGGUCCACCUCUCCUCUUACUUAGACUAAAUAGAGUGCAAACAACAAUUCUCCCAUGUAAUUGUUGUGCAUAUACAGUUAUUUGUGCAUUUUUUACUGCUCAUGUCCACAUCCACCCAUUUGAAAUUUUGUAUUUGUUGGAAUUUAAUUGUACUGAAUGUGUUGACACACAA